AUGGAGAAGACUAGUUAUGAAGAAUGCAUUGAGUCAAAGACACAGAAUCACCGCAAAUCAAUGGAGAAACUUAAAGCUGAUGCGUCUGGAAUAUUGACCUACACCAGUCAAUUGAAAGGUUUACUCAAGCAUUUUGACAGUGUUGAAGCCAAUAUUAAAAAGAGGUCGCGAGAGCUAGAGCUAAAGGAGAAGGAACUGCAAAUUUUGAGCUCAGAACUUGAGCAAAAGAGUCAAACUUUUGAAGCAGAAAAGUCUGAAGCUGGUGAUUUGAAGAAAUUGGUUGAAGAGUGUACUGAAGAACUGAGGUCAAAGAGGAAUUUACUGACUGUGAAGCUGGAUUCGUUGACAAGGGUUCAGAGAGAGCUUGAGUUAAAGGAUAACCAAUUGGGACAGGUUAUGGCCGAGAUUAAGAGACGUUGCAAUGAGGCUCGUAAUGUUCAAGAGCGUAAGAGAGAAGUGGAAGAUGAAACAGCCAGAAACAAGAAAGAGUUGUCAUUGAUUGUUGAGCAGAUUGAAGAAUCUGGAAAACAGCUUGCGACGGUAGAUGAGCAAGUAGAGGCGCGUCAGAAACAGCUUGCAACGGUAGAUGAGCAACUAGAGGCGCGACAGAAACUGCUUGAGAUUCGGUCAUUGGAGCUAGUUUCUACAGAGAAGAUGUUGGCAAGUAUGAGAGAAUCCAUUAAGCUUUCCAAUUCUGACCUUGAGCUGAAAGGAAAUAAGAUACAAUCACUAAACAAUUUGAUAACGGACUGUAGUAACACGAUUGACUCGAAAUCUCAAGAAUUAGGGAAAAACCAGAAGCUGAUUGACCAACAGACCAAUGAGCUUGGUGUCUUGCAGAAUCAGCGUGACACUAUCAAGCAGUUUAUCCAAAUACUAUCUGAAGAGCUUGUUUCUAAGGAGCAGACACGCAAGGAGAUUUUGGAGACUAUUUGCAGAAGCUCCUCUGAGAUGGAAGAAAGGGCUAAAGAGAUUAAAGCAGCGGAGACCGAAGCAAGUAAUUUAAAUGUAAGAUCUGAAAGGGUUAGGCAGGAGGUUGAAGGUAAAGAAAAGGAACUAGCUCUGCUUAAGAAUCAGAUAGAGUCAGAUAAAAAUAAAGUCACUCAGCUUAAGAGAGAAAUGGAAGAGGAGACAGAUAUAAAGAAGAGAGAUUUGGAACUUGUUCUUUCCAAAAUUGAAGAAUCUGGCAAGCAGCUUACAACUGUGAAUGAGCAACUGGCGUCUCAGCAGAGACUGCUUGAGAUACAGUCACUGGAACUAGUUUCUAAAGAGACUGAGUUGGAAUGCGUGAGAGAAUCCAUCAAGCUUUCCAAUUCUGACCUAAAGCUGAAAGAAAAGAUGGUACAAUCACUCAACCACAGGGUAUCAGUUUGUGGUAAGACGAUUGACUCGAAAUCCAAAGAAUUAGGAGAAAUCCAAAAGCUGAUAGAGCAACAAACCAAUGAGCUUGGUGUCAUGCAUAGAAAGAAGAGAGAUUUGGCACUGAUUCUUAACAAGAUUGAAGAAUCUGGCAAACAGCUUGCGACGAUAGAUAGGCAACUAGAGUCGCGACGGAAACUGCUUAAGAUUCGGUCAUUUAAGUUACUUUCUGCGAAUAAGAAGUUGGGAUAUGUGAGAAAAUCCAUCAAGCUUUCCAGCUCUGACCUUAAGCAGAAAGAGAGGAUGAUACAUUCUUUAAACAACAGGGUAACAGUUUGCGGUAAUACAGUUGACUCGAAAUCCAAAGAAUUAGGAGAAAUCCAAAAGCUGAUUGAUCAACAUACCAAUGAGCUUGUUGUCUUGCAUACUCAACGUGAUUCUAUCUGGCAGUUAAUCCAGGGACUAUCUGAAGAGCUUGUUGCUAAAGAGAUGGAGUUGGAAUGUGUUCUAGAAUCAAGCAAGGACUUCAAAUUUGACAUUGAUGUCAAAGAAAAGAGAGUCCAAGCAUUAAACAAUCUGAUAACGAUCUCUGGCGAACAGCUUGACAUUAAAUCUAAAGAGUUGGGUGAAAUUCAAAGAGAGCUUGAUUUGAAGAAGAAACGGCUGAGACAUAUGAGCACUGUUCUUGUUAAGCAUGAGGAGCAGUCAGUUGCAGCAGAAACUGCACCAUUUAGUGAAGAUGCUCUCACGCAUCAUGAAUUCCCACCUUCUCUUUCGCGCGAUGAAGUUGCCGAUCAUCUUAGAGCUUUACCUAAUCCAGCAGAGUUUGUUCUGGAAGAUGUGCAGGAAUAUAUUAGUGGGGAAUUGGGAUUACAAGAUGACUCAUUUCUUGAGAUUUUGGUUCUUUGUUUGGAGGAGCUCAUAGAAAUUCAGCGACGAGAUGAUCCUCAACUGCAAAACAAAGCCACACAAGUGGCAACUAUAUGGAAAGGGAAGAUAACCAUCGAAGCUCCGAAAUCAUCUCUCGAGGCCUUAGCCUUUCUUCUGUUCAUUGUGGCAUAUGGAUUAAAGAAUUUGAUAAAUGAAGAAGAAGCUGCUCUACUUGCUUCGUCUAUUGCUCAUUACGAACAGGCUCCAAGACUCUUCAAAUCUCUUAGUCUCAACUGUGAAAUCCGAAAGUUUGUUAAAGAGCUCAUCAAAAAAGAGCAAUAUAUUCCUGCAGUCCGGCUUAUAUGUCUGUUUGAGCUUAAUGAAGAAGAGUUCUCACCCUCACACUUGUUAGAGAAAGAGAUCAUCAAUUUAAGAUGGUCUGUCCUGGGAAAAAGACCAACGCAAUCCUCCCAGGCUAAAGAAAAAGAUGCAGGAAGACUGAGGGCAAUACUUGAACUUGUGGGAGAUUAUAAGCUCGAAAUCAAUAUCCCAGGGUACCUCAUUGCCAAGCUCAUGAUUCAAAGAGAAAACUCACCCCCUCUAGUUCGUUGCUCUGUGAAGCAUGACACUUCCUCAUCAAAUCCACAAGCUAAUUCUCCUAAUCCGGCUUCUGCUCAAAGUUCAAGCGUGAAUCCUCAGGUUCCUAAACCAGAUGCUAAACCCUGCUUGAACUAUCUAGAUCCUACUGUUGCUAUAUGAACCAAAGCAGGCUUGUAUAUAGCUCGUGCUAAUAUGGUAGAUCAGAGGCUAAGUUUCUAUGGUUUAUAUCUGGAGAGAGAGAGAGAGAGAGAGAGAGA